AUGCGCACGCCGGUGAAUAUGAUCCUGACGGCAAUGGCAUGCUGCGACACGGUGGUGCUGUUCUCUAACCUAGUCUACACCACGCACUACCAGUUCGUCGCGUUCAAGCACUGCCAUCCGAGGCACUGGAGCUACGGCUGGGCGCUGUUCCUCAUCGCCCACGCGCACCUCUCCCUGGUCGGGCACAGCUCAUCCGUGUGGCUGUCAGGUCAGUACGAUUAG